AUGCAAGACCUACAAAAUGAUAACCAGACAAUACCUCUCACCAAAGAAUUCAAGAAGACAAAACCGCCGCAGUUUCAUGGGGGAUUGGAUCCAUUGAAGGUUGAAGCAUGGGUCCUUGGCAUAGAAAAGCUAUUUGAAGUGUUUCCUUGUCUAGAAACACAUAAAAUGCUAGCCACCUUCACAUUAGAAGACGAAGCAAGGAGGUGGUGGAUGUUGAUCCGUGAGAGGCAUAUGGCCAGGGAUUAUAAACAAAAUAGUGGGAAGUUAGCUGCUAGCUCAACUGUAUCAAUCCCAAAACCCGGGAACACUACGAGGCCUACCACCGCCGGAGACACUGAACAAGCCAGGUUGAUGAAAGCCAUUUCUGUCGAGCCAGCAAUAAUUACUGAAAUCAAACAAAGGCAACGAGAAGAUGAGAACCUCAAAACAAUAAUUGAUGAGUUUGAAACGAAACAGAAAUCAGAAUUCAGUAUUGAUGGUGAAAUGUUGAGAUUUCGAAACCAAAUGUAUGUCCCAAAUAUUUCUGAAUUAAAGAAGAGAAUCCUAGAUGAAGCUCACAAGUCAAUGUUUGCUAUGCAUCCGGGUAACAACAAAAUGUAUUAG